AGGUGGACAGGAGGGGGGGCGGUGUCCGCGCGCCCGCGGAGUUCCCAGGCGCCUGGCAAGUUGUGUCCGCUGGGAGGGGCGAGGCUGUCACUUGCCCGGGCGCCGGGAGCCUGAGCGUGGCUUGGACAGCUUGGCCCCGAGCAGCGCCGGGUCACUCGCAUUCCUCUGAAGACAGCGGAAAAGCCAGACUCCGGGCCAUGGGGUGUUUUGAGUGUUGUAUUAAGUGCCUGGGAGGCAUUCCCUACGCUUCUCUGAUUGCCACCAUCCUGCUGUACGCGGGUGUUGCCCUGUUCUGUGGUUGUGGUCAUGAAGCCCUUUCUGGAACUGUCAACAUUCUGCAAACGUACUUUGAGAUGGCAAGGACUGCUGGAGAUACACUGGAUGUUUUUACCAUGAUUGACAUCUUUAAGUAUGUGAUCUACGGCAUCGCAGCUGCGUUCUUUGUGUAUGGUAUUUUGCUGAUGGUGGAAGGCUUCUUCACAACUGGCGCCAUCAAAGAUCUCUAUGGGGACUUCAAAAUCACCACGUGCGGGAGAUGUGUGAGCACCUGGUUUAUCAUGCUGACGUAUCUCUUCAUGUUGGCCUGGCUGGGAGUCACCGCCUUCACCUCACUGCCAGUUUACAUGUACUUCAACCUCUGGACCAUCUGCCGGAACACCACCUUGGUGGAGGGAGCAAAUCUCUGCCUGGACCUUCGUCAGUUUGGGAUUGUUACAAUUGGAGAGGAAAAGAAAAUCUGUACUGUCUCUGAGAAUUUCUUGAGGAUGUGUGAAUCUACUGAGCUGAACAUGACCUUCCAUUUGUUUAUCGUGGCACUUGCUGGUGCUGGGGCUGCAGUCAUUGCUAUGGUUCACUACCUUAUGGUUCUGUCUGCCAACUGGGCCUACGUGAAGGAUGCCUGCCGGGUGCAGAAGUAUGAGGAUAUCAAGUCGAAGGAGGAACAAGAGCUUCAUGAUAUCCACUCUACCCGUUCCAAAGAGCGGCUCAAUGCUUACACAUAAAUGCGUCUUCCCAUUCUUUCUACCAUUAGAAUGCAUUGGUGUUUAACUAAGGGCCAUCCAACCAUCCAAUCUUUGAAAAACAAAAAUGAGAAGUGCUUCUCAUCAAAGAUCUGUAAGGCGACUCAUGAGUCACUGCCUGAAUACAAUUCUUUGUUGCUUAGCACUGGAUCUCCUAAUUUGUCAGAUCAGUGUGAUCAGAUCUUUUCUACAAGCUCCUAUCCAGCCUUUUCUUUGAAAUUUCUCAAACUCAUUUAAUAGCUCUGUAAAAUCAAAGAUAACGAACAUGGUCACAGGUCAAGAUUUGUUUGAUUUUUUUUCUUAACUACUUCCCAUGUGUUAUAGACAUAACUAUCCUUUACUUUAUUUCUUAAUGUUUUGAAAGGAAAAUAGCUUUUUAUACGUUUUAGUUGUGAUUUCGGUAACUAGUCUAACUAUAGAUAAACUUCAAAGGGACCAUUGUAUAUUACAAACAACAGAAACAGACAUAGAUGACACCAUGACGACUCUUGUUGAAAUGCGGAGAUUUUGUCUGAAGAUCACCCAUCAAUUACUAUAGGCCCUGGUUAAAUGGUUUCAUCAAUCUAAGGUGCAAUUUCUAAAUUUGUAAGAGUAGGUCAAAAAAAAAAGUGCUUCUUACCUUCGUUAGCAUUGUAUUUUUUCUUGAUGUACUUACAAGGUAUUUCUCUAUGAUUACUCAUGUUUAUGUUGUGAGCAUGUAGAAAAAGUAAUGCUAAUGCAUGGCAUUUUUAAGACUAUGACACCAGACUUAACCUUUUCAAGUUUAGUACAUAGAGACAAUUUUAAUGGAAAUAACUACUGUGGACUACUAGAGAAUGAUCUCUUAGUGAUUUAAGCAGUGGCUGGAUGGGAACUUUUAAUAUGCUAAUGUGGAACAUUAAUUACCUUUAUGAAGGUGGUAUAUUAAAAAUAAGCACACUAACCCCCUCCCUCAGAAGUUGUUUUACCUACCUUAAAAGUUUUCAUGGAUUGCACCUCUGUAAACUACUCCUAAAAUGUGUAUGAUAUAUUUGAAAAGGCUUCCAUUAAUAUAAUAGCUUUGCUUGCAGACUUCCAAUCUAUGUCCUUUCCCUGUAGUGUUUUCUCAAGUGUGGUCAGAGGCAACCCCUGCAGAAUGUGUUGUUUGGAAGUGUAGUGAUAUUUUUGUGUUUUCCUUUUAAGUGAGUCAUUUUAGCCGAAUGUUCAUUCAUAUCCAUUUAUAAGAAGUACCUGUAUCAAAGGAAUAAAAAAAAAAUCAGUAUUAUUGGACCAAAUUUGUUGUUUGUUUUAACCUUGACUCUCUUUUAAUUAUUUCUAAUGCUACAAGAAUGCUGUAAAGUAUCUUUUAAAAUGAUGUAGCCUGACAAACAUUUUUGUCAGUGUAUAAAACUAGGUAAUAUCAUACACUGAUUUGAUCAUUGUGAAGUCCUUUCUCAGUGUAACUGCAUUUCUAAUAAAAUUUAUUGAGUGAAACAAUCUUUGUACAAUGACUAGUCAUGCACCAUCAGUAAUUUUCCAAGUUCUUGUAGUAUGUGGGGGUGGGGGGGAUUACUAGCAUUAUCUGUGGCAUGAUUAUGCAUUCUGUAGUAUUAUUUAAUUUGGGGUUCCUUUUGCUUCAUUUUUUUUACACUUAGAUUAUCUUACUGGUUCAACAUUUUUAUGAUACAUGCAGUAUUACAGAUAUUUAGCAAAAGUAUUAAUGGGCUUCUUUAAAUUCUAUAUUGUAGUGUUUCAGUUCUGUGUCUUAACAGUAUGUGAUGAUUUUUAAAACUGUCUUUUAAACUUAUGUAAUGAUGUCGACACUUUGGCUUUUGUUUCUGGCAUUACGGUUUGUAUUUUCACAAGAGUGCUUUGUAGCAGGCAUUACAGUUAAAUCUGUUUUGUACAUAAAUGUGCCAACAGCUUGAUGGUGGCGUUUUUGAAAUGUAGAGAAAAGUGCUUGCAAAAUGUAAUAAAUACACUUGUGUACUUUGUGUACUUAUUAUUA